GCGGACACCAUAGGCCACGGCGCCAGCCCCCAGCAGCAGCUUCAGCGCGGUGCCCAUGCCCCGCGGCCCGGCGGGCAGCCGUCCCGCCAAGUCCUUCAAGUUCUGGGCCAUGUCUAAUCUUGAGGCUGGCGGCACCAGAAGUGAGAAGGGGGUGCCGGCCCGCCUCUACCCGACUCCAGCUUAGGUACUGCACCCUUCACACGAGGGCUCGGACCCGUAAUGCUGGUGAAAGAAAGGGCACCGGAAGUGCGCUCCCUUCGAAAUCCUCCCCCAGAGCCCACUACGGACCCGAACUUCGCGCACAGGAAUCGCGCAUCCGGAAGUCCCGCCCCUUUCUGGAAGGCUGCCCUCCCAGGGAGGGCAGCGCAAGACCGCAAGUCUUCGCCAUUUCCAAGCCCACUUUCAAAAUGGCAGCCGGAAGGAAAUUUGUGAUUAAAAGCCGCGGGGUUCUCCUUUACGAGUGCUAGCGCAACUUCCGGUCUGGUUGCAAGAUGGCCGCGCCCAGUGGUGGAUUCAAGCCUCGUGAACGAAGCGGUGGGGAGCAGGCAGAGGACUGGGAUGCUGUGGCCCCCAAGCGGCCCCGAGUCGGGGCAGGAAACAAGAUCGGAGGCCGUAGGCUUAUUGUGGUGCUGGAAGGGGCCAGUCUGGAGACAGUCAAGGUAGGGAAGACAUAUGAGCUACUCAACUGUGACAAGCACAAGUCUAUAUUGUUGAAGAAUGGACGGGACCCUGGGGAAGUGCGGCCAGACAUAGCCCACCAGAGCUUGCUGAUGCUGAUGGAUAGUCCCCUGAACCGAGCUGGCUUGCUGCAGGUUUAUAUCCACACACAGAAGAAUGUUCUGAUUGAAGUGAACCCCCAGACCCGAAUUCCCAGAACCUUUGAUCGCUUUUGUGGCCUCAUGGUUCAGCUUUUACACAAGCUCAGUGUUCGAGCCGCUGAUGGCCCCCAGAAGCUUUUGAAGGUAAUUAAGAAUCCAGUAUCAGAUCACUUUCCAGUUGGAUGUAUGAAAGUUGGCACUUCUUUUUCCAUCCCGGUUGUCAGUGAUGUGCGUGAGCUAGUGCCCAGCAGUGAUCCUAUCGUUUUUGUGGUGGGGGCCUUUGCCCAUGGUAAGGUCAGCGUGGAGUAUACAGAGAAGAUGGUGUCCAUCAGCAACUAUCCUCUUUCUGCUGCCCUCACCUGUGCAAAACUUACCACAGCCUUUGAGGAAGUAUGGGGGGUCAUUUGACAGUAGUAGAACCUGUUCUGAAACCAGAAACUGUUGAUGUCACAUCCUUGGCCCCUGGUCUGAGCUGACUGCUGGAAGAUGAUCUUUCUGCACUGAGACUGUGGAGUUUGGGGAGCCAAGGCUGUACAUUUGCUAUUUGUUUAUCCUAUGAAUACUGCUCUUGCAAAC